AUGCUGGCCUCAUAUGAUGAUGUGCUGCCCCCUCCUGGUGACAUCCAGGUCCUGUUGCUGACGUCAGACUCGGUGUCUCUGAGCUGGGGUUCUCCUCAGGGGCUGACAGGACCACAGUCAUUCAGAGUGACCUGGGGGUGUGACGGUGAAACAAGCUCAACAAGAGUGAAAGUGGUCCCACCCAGAGAUUUAAAGAUAGACCAUUUGGAAGAGACCUCCUUCACUCUCCACUGGUCCAAGGCUGAAGGGAUGGAGAAUGUCCCACAGCACUUCUUCAUAUCAAACUGUAUCCCAGGAACAGACCCCCUCGCAGCCAUUACUGACGACUGCCACAAAAUCUUCUCAAACCUGCAACCUGGCACCGACAUCACUCUCUCUGACCUGAAACCUGCUACUGAAUACUCUGUCACUGUCUGCACUGUGCUGGAAGAUGGAAAGCAAAGUCAACUGGUGUUAACAACCCUCACCACAGUACCUCCAGCUCCGGACCAGCUAACUGUUGACACCACGUCAGGUACUGUUAGCUGGAACCAGCCACCAGGAUUGGACCAAACCCAACAUCAUUACCAGAUCUCCUACCACUGUCCAGGGACAAAACCCAACUACACUACCACAUCUUCACACAGCCUCACUCUCUCUGACCUGCAAUGUGGGACUCAGUACUCUGUCACUGUCUGCACUGUGCUGGAAAAUGGAAAGAAAAGUCAACUGGUGUCAACAACCCUCACCAAAGUACCCCCUGCUCCAGCCCAGCUGAAUGUUGACUCAGUGAAGACCACAUCAGCUGCUGUUAGCUGGAGCCAGCCACCAGGAUUGGACCAAACCCAACAUCGUUACCAGAUCUUCUACCACUGUCAAGGGACACAACCCCACUACACCACCACAUCUUCACACAGCAUCACUCUCUCUGACCUGCAAUAUGGUACUCAGUACUCUGUCACUGUCAGCACUGUGCUGGAAAAUGGAAGGCAAAGUAAACCUGUGUCAACAACCCUCACCACAGUACUUCCUGCUCCAGACCAGCUGACUGUUGACUCAGUGGACACCACAUCAGCUACUGUUAGCUGGAACCAGCCACCAGGAUUGGACCAAACCCAACAUCGUUACCAGAUCUUCUACCACUGUCAAGGGACACAACCCCACUACACCACCACAUCUUCACACAGAAUCACUCUCUCUGACCUGCAAGGUGGUAGUCGGUACUUUUUCAAUGUCAGCACUGUGCUGGAAAAUGGAAGGCAAAGUAAACUGGUGUCAACAACCCUCACCACAGUACAUUUUCAGUGGUGGGAGAGACCCUUUGGAGUUGCUGCAGUGUGUGUUCUACUGGCUGUGAUCAUAGGCCUGUGGGUUUCCUAUGCCACUGCAAAGCGAGACCAGCUAAAUACCAGGACCACAGAGAGAGACCAGUUACAGAAUAUUCUAAAUACCAGGACCACAGAGAGAGACCAGUUAAAAACCAGGCUUAGGUACUAUGAGAAACCCUGUUUGAAUGAAUGGUGGAAGUUUGGCACCAGCUGUUAUUAUGUCUCCUCCACAAGGGACACAGGUGGGGACGGUCAGCAGCAGUGCAGAGCAAUGGGUGGAGAGUUGGUUGUUAUAAACAGCAGAGAAGAACAGAUAUUUAUCCAUCGAUUAAAGAAAAAUGUCUGGAUUGGUGCAACUAAAAUCAACGGAAUCUGGGAGUGGGUUGACGACACAGCAUUUAAACCUACCUAUUGGAUGGAAGGGGAACCAAGUAACUUAAAUGACGAGGUGGCUUGUAUUGAGAUCUCACAGACGGCAUCAGACCCAUUGAAGAGUUGGAAGGUUGUAAAAUGUACUUCAAAUUACUGGGUGUGUGAAAAACCGUUCACACCGUAGUCUAAUUAUAAUAACUAAUGUAAGCCCCUAUCUUAUGGAGUUGCACUGGUUUUCCCUUUGUUAGGCCUAACGUGUUUCUAUGUGUAUCUACAUUGAAAGAUGUAUUUGAUGUCUUUAAAGAGACCAGGGCUAUGUGGAGUUUGUCCACCGUUCAUCAGGCCCAGUGGAGUGGAACUGUGGUCUAGUAGGCUCUAACUGUGGUCUAGUAGGCUCUAACUGUGGUCUAGUAGGCUCUAACUGUGGUCUAGUAGGCUCUAACUGUGGUCUAGUAGGCUCUAACUGUGGUCUAGUAGGCUCUAACUGUGGUUGACCUUUUUUUAAACUAUAUUUACAAUUUUUACCAUUUAAUGUGUGCAUAUAACAAUUGAAUAAGAUUCUGUUUUCAUUUAAGUUUUUACAGUUAUCAAUCCAUUUCAAAUGCAGUAGUUUUCUAUUUUUGCUUCCAUUCUGUUCCAUAUGUACCAUGUGUUCAUUCUACUGAUUAAAUACAUCUAUAUACUGUGA